GUCCCGUGUGAGGAGAGGGGAAGUAUUCAACAUCAAUUAAAAUGUCUUCCACCAGACCUCCAAAUGAACAAGAAACACUCAAAGAGAGAAAACCAGGACUGAGGAGUGUUCAAACAACUAUGCUCUUCCGAGCUGUGAACCCAGAGCUUUUCAUUAAACCUAACAAACCUGUGAUGGCAUUUGGACUCAUAGCCAUUACCCUCUGUGUGGCCUACCUUGGUUAUUUGCAUGCAACAGCAGAGAAUAAAAAGGACCUCUAUGAAGCAGUUGACAGCGAGGGGUCCAGAUAUAUGAGGAGGAAGACUUCCAAGUGGGACUGAGAAUGUAAGGAAGGAAAUCAGCAAAUCAGUCACAGAACUUUUCAAGGCAACUACUAUGUUUUUCUCUGUCCAUUGAAAUAACAGAUAAAUGUCUCUCUUGCUAUUUAAUCCAAUUUACGUUCCUUUAUAAAAUGCUGUGCCUGGACAAAUAAAUUGCAGUUAAGAUACAUGCAAACAUAAAAGUGAUUUUUAGAAUUGUUACGAUCUCCACAGUAUGCCAGAAGACAAAUUACCUCGGACGUGCCGUCAAGACUGGUAAAUGCCUUAGAAAUUUACACGAUAGUUCAGCUCACUUCUCUGUUUGCUUUGAUUAAGUGAAACAGGGAUUUGUUUUUUAUUUUUUAAAUAGAAAGCAUAAUGUAUUGUGUGUGAAGGGAAAAAGUUGAUCUGUUGAAAGUUGAUAAUUAACCAUGGUGCAAGUAAAAUAAGGCAAGAAAGAUCUGAUAAAGCAGUCAUUGAAGGGUUUUAUUUAAUAAAGGAAUUUGUAAAAUAUUGGCCAAAAUAA